AUGACACUAGGCCUUGGUCUCAUCGGGGAUGAUGGCCGAGCGGUCCAUCUCGAAGGUUGGCUGGUGUUACUCUACGGCGUGUUGUUGAUAUCUUGUUUCCUUUACUGCAGUAUGAACUGGGCCAAUCGACAGACCUCUCCCUCUGUGAUCUUGCCUCUCCAGGUCGCAAGUUUCGCAACCCUCCAGCCUAUCGGGACCGGUGUACUGCAAUAUUUGGUGACUGGCAGGCAAGUCGUCACACUUCCACAGGUUGGCAUGUACCUGUUCGUGAUCAUCGGUGUUGUACUCGUAUCGUAUGGGCGGCCACCAUGCGACGAGGAGCUUCUCAAGUCAAACGGUAGCGAGAAGGAAGAAGUGAUUGCUAGCGAGCUCGAGAGUGGGAUGUCGACUGAUGAUGAUGAUAAACUUGAAUGA